GCCUACACGUAUGUCGUCUCGGAACUAUAAUCCGCUGAGUAAUGCGUCCACACGGACUUGUUUCGUUCGCGCACUCAUUCACGCACUGUCGCAGCGUUUAAAAUGGCAGUGACCCUUCACACAGAUUUAGGAGACAUCAAAAUUGAAAUAUUUUGUGAACGUGCACCAAGAACUUGUGAGAACUUCCUCGCCCUGUGUGCCAGUGGCUUCUACAAAGGAUGCAUCUUUCACCGAAACAUUAAAGGCUUCAUGGUGCAAACGGGAGACCCAACAGGCACUGGCAAAGGAGGAACAAGCAUAUGGGGGCGCAAGUUUGAAGAUGAGUUCAGUGAACAUUUAAAACAUAAUGUCCGAGGAGUGGUCUCCAUGGCAAACAAUGGUCCGAAUACAAAUGGCUCCCAGUUUUUCUUCACCUACGCCAAACAGCCUCAUCUGGACAUGAAGUAUACGGUGUUUGGAAAGAUUAUCGAUGGCUUGGAAGCACUGGAUGAGCUUGAAAAACUGCCCGUGCAUGAAAAGACCUUCCGACCGUUGACUGAAAGUCGAAUUAAAGAUGUCACCAUUCAUGCCAACCCUUUUGCUGGAUAGAAGAAGUCUCCAAAGUGCAAAUUGUGAAGAUGUCAUUGUUUCGUACAAGAAAAUAAGAAACCAGUAUUUGCCCAUGUUUUUUAAUAAAUGACAUAUGAUUACUUUUA